GCGGCGGUGAUGGCGGUGCGUGAACGCGCGGCGGCAGCAAUGGCCGCUCUGGAGCGGCGGGUGCCGAGUCUCGAUGACUUCGCGGGACAGAGCUGGAGCUCGUGGGUGGAACGGGCCGACUUGCCUGCGACCGACGGGGCUGAGCUGGAGGAGGGUAGCAAAAACGUGAAGAAGUUGGAUGCCAUGACCCUCAUUAAAGAAGACAUGUCCAUCUUCGGGCACUGCCCUGCCCAUGACGACUUCUAUUUGGUUGUGUGUAACCACUGCAGCCAAGUGGUGAAGCCUCAAGCUUUCCAGAAGCACUGCGAAAGAAGACAUGGGCCCCUCAGCAAGCUUUACGCCCGGGCCCCACCCCCACCUCCAGCCCCUGCCAGCUCCCAGAAAUGCCAUGUAGUGAAUGGGCAGGGCCCAGCUUGUAGGGCACCAGGUUCCACCAAAACCUCCUCCAGGGAGAAGGGCCAGGGGUCCCGAAGCCGUGGCCACCAGCCUCCAGAGAAGACCCAGAAGGACAACCUCUGCCAGCCAGGUGGCCCUACCAAGGACUCCCCUGGAAAAACCCCCAUGGCACCUCUUCCUAAAGAACCUCCUGGCAGGGAGAGCAUCGAGGCAGCCUCCAGUGAGGGCCCCGGUCACCGGGGUGAAGGCAGCACACCUGAGAAGGAGCCUGGUGGGGUCAGGUUGACCCCCAAAACCCACCGGAAGAUGGCUCGGAAGGAGUGCGAUCUCAACAGGCAGUGUGGUGUAGUAAAUCCAGAGACCAAAAAGAUCUGUACACGCCUGCUGACCUGCAAGAUCCACUCAGUGCACCAGCGCCGAGAGGUCCAAGGUCGAGCCAAAGAUUUUGAUGUGCUGGUGGCAGAGCUGAAGGCCAGCUCCCGCAAAGGGGAAUCUCCUAAGGAGAAGAGCCCAGGGCGCAAGGAAUCAGCUCUGGAGCGCCCCUCCCAGGAUCCUUCCUCCUCAGUUCAGGUUGUGGCAGCAGCAGCUGCUCCCAGCACCUUCUCUGCUCGUGCCAAGCAGACCUACCCAUACUGUGCACUGGCCAGGUCCCGGGCUUCUUCUGAGAGUGAAUUGGAUGAUGAAGGCCCCUGUGGUGGUGAUGGUGACCCAGGCCUGUUCCCCUUCCCCCUACCCCGGGCUGGGGCCCAGGCUUCCAGCGAGGAGAGUGAGGAGGAGGGGACAUCUGAUGACCUCCACCUCCCCACUGACUGCCAUUAUGCAACCCGCCCCCCUCGGCCACAGGCGUUUUGUACCUUUGGGAGCCGGCUGGUGAGCCCAGGAUGCUACGUGUUUAGCCGCCGGCUGGACCGGUUCUGCUCGGCACUCAGCUCCAUGCUGGAACGGCACCUCAGCUCACACAUGUGGAAGAAGAUCCCACCAGCUGCUGAGCCUCCAUCCCACUUUGUCAGCUCCCCGCUGUCUGUCCCCCUGAGCCCAUCCUCUGUGGGCACCUGCCCCCGCCUUCCAGGCCUGCCCCCCAGACCUGCCUGCCCAUCCUCCACACACCCUACCAAGGACAGCCUUGUCCCCAGCUACCCUGCAGGCUCUCCCAGUGUGGCAGCCGCCUGCAGUCAGGCAGAGUGUAUGGGUGGAAGCCAGGCAAUCACCUCACCACUGCCUGCCAACACACCAUCCCCGUCCUUCAGCAAACUCCCGCCUUCCAAGGCCAGCAAGUCGUCCAAAGGCAAGGAUGGGGCUGAGGUGGAGGCCCCGUCUCGAAAGCGGAAGUUAUCCCCAAGCCCCACCACUUUCAAACGGACCUGCAUCCUGGAGUCCACUGGAAAAGGCAAACCCUCUAGUUGCCGGGGCCUUUCUGCCAAGACUAAAACAGCCCUGGGCAUGGGGCUUAAUGGGACAGUGGGGCCAAGGGUGAAGCGGGCAGGGCCCCUGGACUGUCAGGGUUCCCCUCACCAGCCUCCUACACCAGUCAAGGCUUCUCAGCUGGAGAACCGGGCAACAGCUGGACACCCACCCAAGCCUCUGCCGACUAAUUGCCUCUCUGAGGAAGAGGUAGCCAAGAAGCGGAAAAACCUGGCCACUUACUGCCGGCCAGUGAAGACCAAGCACUGUCAGGCUGGCGCCUCUGCCAAUGUGGCCUGCUCUGUGCGCCGUAAGAAGCCAGGCUCGGCCUUGGCCUUUGAGGAGAAGUGCUCCACACUGAAGUCAAAAGCCCAUUAACGAGAAAGUGCCUGCCCACUGCGAUGGAGCCGCCAGCACCUCCUCCCCUACAGAUCCGGGCCCCAGGCUGCUGCCGCUUUUUAUAACUUUAUAUUAUUUUUUUUAAGAAAAAAAACUCUUUAAAAUACCUCAAGACUGUCUCCCUGUUCUGUUGCUGCUAAGAAGAUAUAAAAACAGAAUCAUAGAAAAGGAAG